AUGGCCGUAUUUCCAUUGCCCCAGCUUGAAGAUAAUGCUGUAUUAUUACCCAGUUCCCAAACUAACUCAACGCAGCCUCAGCUAUGUGACGUAUGGAGAGAUAUACAAGGUGCCCAUAAUUGGAAUGGUUUGCUUGAUCCCAUGGUGCCCAAUUUGAAAGCUGAAGCUCUCAGAUAUGGGAAUUUGGCACAGCUUUGUUACGACGCAUUUGAUGGCAAAAGCUACUCCAAAAACUACGGCACAUGUUAUCACAGUAAAAGAGAUCUGUUCAAUAAGAUGGGCAUGUCUGAAAGUGGCUACCAAGUCACUAAAUAUGUUUACGCCAAUACUAAUCUGUUAAAUCAAGUUUUUGGUGAGAAACCAAAAGACCAAGGUGUUUGGUUGGGUUUUAUUGCAGUUUGCACGGAUCCAAAUGAGAUAAGAAGGCUUGGACGACGAGACAUAGUGAUUGCAUGGAGAGGAACUCAGACUGCUGAAGAAUGGAUAGAAGACCUGAGAGAUAUUCUUAGAGGAUUCCUGAGCUGCUAUACUUCAACUGUCCGUCACCGUCAAGGCGCUGCAGGAGCCACUGUGAACAUCAGCACCAGAGAUUUGGUAGUCUCAGAGAUAGAACGAUUGAUUCAAGUUUAUGAAAAAGAGAUGGACAAUUUAAGCAUAACAUUUACGGGACACAGCUUAGGAGCUGCUCUUGCAACCUUGAGCGCUUAUGAUAUCAAACAAAUGCUUUGCACCAAGCAUAAUUUUCAUCAAAUUCCCGUCACCGUCUUCGCUUUUGCCUCUCCCCGGGUGGGAAAUCUUGCGUUUGCUAAACGGGUGGAGGAGAUUGGAGUGAAAGUGCUGAGGUUUGUGAACAAGCGUGACCUGGUUCCCAAAGUGCCCGGAGUUUGUAUGAACGAGAACGUGGGAUGCCUCAGCAAAUUGCUGCAUUGGCUUCCGUGGACAUACUUUCAUGUUGGCGUCGAGCUUCCUUUACACAACAAUUCUCCAUUCAUUCAGCACACCCAUAAUCUUGCCUACUUUCAUAAUUUAGAGCUUUACUUGCAUUUACUGGACGGGUACGUUGGAAGUAAGCAGCCGUUUUCUUGGAGUGGAAGAGAUCAUGCUCUGGUUAAUAAGAGCUGUGAUUUAUUGCGCGAGAAAUAUGAAAUUCCUCCAAAAUGGUGGCAGGAACAGAACAAGGGCCUCGUUAAAGGUCCAGAUGGCAAAUGGACGCAGCCAUCAGAAAAGGAAUAA